AUGGAACGUGAGGCGAUAUUUCGGUCGGCUGAAAUGUCGCUGGUCCAAUUGUACGUGGCCAGUGAAAUCGGCCGAGACGUGGUUGCGGCUCUAGGAGAGUUGGGCGUGGUCAUGUUCAGAGACCUCAACACCUCGGUCAACGUUUUUCAGCGGUCCUUCAUCAAGGAAAUUCGCCGCGUGGACGGCGUGGAGCGCCAAUUGCGCGGCCUGCGGGCGCAUAUCGACAAGCAUGGCGUGGCAAUCGAUGAGCAGCCCGAGGGAGUGGCGGCUCCGACUCUGGACGAGGUGGACAACAUGUGUCACCAGGUCGGGGCUUUGGAGGAGCGCGUGGGACACCUGGACACAACCUGGAAUGAGCUGGUUGACAAGCGUGCGCUGAUUCUGGAACGUCGAGAAAUGGUCCAGACGGCAGGCAUCUUCUUUGCAGACGCCAGAGAAAACAGACACGAAAUUCGAGCGUCUCUAGAGGGCGACCGAGCGGGCCUGUUGUACGACCUGGACGACCCUCAGCCAGACGUGGAGGCCGCAACAGUCACCUGGAACUCGGUGGCGGGGCUCUCGUUUGUCACCGGAGUCAUCCCCUCGACCAAAACCGCCAUUUUCGAGCGGAUCCUGUGGCGAUCUCUGCGUGGAAACCUGUAUUUUCGACACCAGGCGAUCGAAAAGCCGCUGGCGGGCGUUAGAAAGGACGUGUUCAUUGUCUUUGGACACGGAGAGUCGCUGCUGGCGAAAAUCAAGCGAAUCGCCCUCACCCUGGACGCCACUCUGUACCCUGUCUCGGAGGACUUUGAUACACGACGAGAACAGGUAGAAGAGCUAAACAUCAAGCUUGCGGACGUGGACAACGUCCUAGGAUCCACUAACAAUGCGCUCAUGACCGAGCUGGCUCUCGCUGCCAAUACUCUGCCCCACUGGGAGGUUCUGGCCAACAAAGAAAAGGCCAUCUACCACACUCUCAACAUGUUCAACUACGACCAGACCCGUCGAUGUCUGAUCGCCGAGGGAUGGAUCCCCAAGGCGGACUUUAGAGCCGUCCAGGAGGUGCUCCGCGAUGUGACUCUGUCGUCCGGAGUGGCCAUCAAUUCGAUUCUCAACGAAAUCAAAACGUCAAAGACUCCACCAACAUUCCACAGAACCAACAAAUUCACGGCGGCUUUCCAGCUCAUUGUCGACGCGUACGGUAUUGCGUCGUACCAGGAAAUCAACCCUGGUUUGGCGACUGUUGUCACUUUUCCAUUCAUGUUUGCUAUCAUGUUUGGUGAUUUGGGUCAUGGUGUUAUUCUGGCCCUGGCAGGACUCGUCAUGGUGCUCAAGGAAAAGAGCAUUCUCAAGAUGCGAAACCGAGACGAAAUCUUCGACAUGGCCUUCUCGGGCAGAUACAUUGUGCUACUGAUGGGCAUCUUCUCGCUCUACACAGGUCUCAUGUACAACGAUAUCUUUUCCAAGAGUAUGACACUGUUCAGAUCGGGAUGGGCCUGGCCUGAGAGCUGGGAGGAAAAAGAGCGUAUCACAGCCCACCAAACGGGAGUCUACCCCUUUGGCCUGGAUCCCGCAUGGCAUGGAACAGACAACAACCUGCUGUUCACAAACUCGUACAAGAUGAAGCUGUCGAUUCUCAUGGGUUUCACCCACAUGAGCUACUCCUUCUUCUUCUCUUUCCUCAACUACAAGUUCUUCAACUCGCAGAUUGAUAUUUGGGGCAAUUUUGUACCUGGCUUGCUGUUCAUGCAAUCCAUCUUCGGUUACCUUUCGCUCACCAUUGUGUACAAGUGGUGCGUAGACUGGAUUGCCAAGGAUAAGACCCCUCCUGGUCUGCUGAACAUGCUCAUCAACAUGUUUUUGAGCCCAGGCACCAUCGAUGCUCCUCUGUAUCCCGGCCAAAAGUUUGUGCAGAUCAUUCUGGUGCUUAUUGCGCUUGUCUGUGUUCCGUGGCUGCUCCUUCUCAAGCCGCUCUACCUGCGACGACAGCAUAAGCAGACACAAUAUGACGCCAUUCGACAGCCCAAUGCCUACCAUAUUGGUGACACUGACGACGACGCAGACUCGUUCGAUAUGACCAUUGAGGAGUUUGAAGAGGAAGGUGAGGGACACGAGCAGUUUGAGUUUGGAGAGGUGAUGAUCCACCAGGUGAUUCAUACCAUUGAGUUCUGCCUCAACUGUGUGUCGCAUACCGCUUCCUACCUGCGUCUAUGGGCUCUGUCUCUGGCUCAUGCCCAGCUGUCUACUGUGCUUUGGGACAUGACUAUCCAGGGCGCCUUUGGACCCACGGGACCCGCCGGUGUAGCCAUGGUUGUGAUCAUGUUUGCCAUGUGGUUUGUUCUGACGGUGGUCAUUCUGGUGAUGAUGGAAGGAACAUCUGCUAUGCUUCAUUCCCUCAGAUUGCACUGGGUUGAGGCCAUGUCCAAGUUUUUCGAGGGAGAGGGGUACGCCUAUGCUCCGUUCAACUUCAAGGACCAGCAGUAG